GUGAAUGCCUGGCUACGCGACGUUCUUCCGCUGAAAAUGUCGAGUGAUACGUCCGGCGCACCGCCCCUCUACUCUGCUGAAGACGCCUCUAAUGCUACGGAUGAUGGACUCGGAAAUGGCCCCGACAUUCUCAUUAUUCCUGUCUACAACUCCGUACAUUUUCAGAGAGGAUAUCUUGGUGCAGAUGGUGAAACCGCUGCCAUGGAAGGCGAGCUGCAGAUGAAGGGCAUCGGGUCGGGUCGAUGGGAUAGAGUGACCAUGUCUCUACGAACGACGGAGUCCGCGUUCGAGAAUACGAUUGAGCUAGGAGCCACUGAGAUCACACUGUUAUCAUCGUCGUCUGCGCCGGAUUCCCAGUGGCCGUCAUCUAUCCCGUUUGCUAUUCCUCUUACCCCAGAUGCACCGCAAUGCGUUCAUACGCAUCAUUCUUCCCUCUCCUACACGCUAACAGCCACGCUGCAUUCCGCGACUUCUUCACAGCCGAAUAUCUCCAAGUCUCUUACUAUCCAUGCGAGACGUUAUACGCCCCAUACUCUCCGUCUGGAUGUGUGCCCGCGCACGGUGAAGGCCGAUGUUCCUACUCACGUUGAGGUACAGGUGCCGCGCACUAGGUAUAAAGCUGGCGAGCCGAUACCUCUAUAUGUGACAAUUCCUCCCCCAACCCGAGAGUUGGUCGUCGACCUGGGCGUGCGGCUUCGCAACGUGAAGGCAGAGCUGGUCAGAAUCAUCAAGGUCCUUCGACCAGAGCGUGAAGAUGAGGAUGAAACCACAGACUCGGACUCGGAUGUAAUGGUGGAUGAUGAUGCCGACGAUGACCCUAUCCCAUCUACCUCCAAUGACAAAGGCUCAGAUUCGCAUGCUGUCCCAUCGGACAGAGGCAUGCAUACUGAGUCCUACCGAGGCUCUACACAUAGAACUGUCGUUGCCAAGUCCGGGGCGCCCUGCCGUUUCCAUUCGAGCCGUCCUAUCCGGUUGCGACUAGUUUUGCACCACUCGAAUCUCUCAAGCUCCCCAACGCAGACUUCCUCCGACAUAGCCGCCGGUGCCUACCCUAAUUUUGAUAGUGACGCCGCCUGUGCGUCAAUCACCCAACAUACCCUGCUGCAUUCUGUCACCUUCCGACUUCGCACGCAGGUGGCGUUUGUGGAUAUGGCUACUCAUACGGAGCGAAUCUCAACAAUGUCUGUCCCAAUAACCAUAUUGCCUCCUUCUGCCCCUUUGCCAGAAGUGGACGACGAUAUGAGCGAUCAGUAUCAUAAAAAGCACGAUCGCCCCCCCGCAAAGACUGUGAGGCAUGACGACGCGGAUGACCAUGCACCACUCUACGACCCCGGAGGAGCUGGUCCCAGUGGUUUGUCAACUGGUGCCCCACCUCCGUUCGAAGAGCGCGAGGCUCCUCCACCGUUCUUCCCUACUGAAGCAGAAGCAUCGACGUCUAGUAGACUCCCGACAUUCCUUGAGUCGGAGUGCGACUUGUUCGUCGCGCCUAUGGACGAUCCUUCUUUGUCCCCGUUACUACCGCCACCGCCUCUCGAGAUCUUCCCCGGCGAAGGAACGCUUUUUGGUUUUCCUCCAUCUGAUCAGUUCGACGGCCACGCGGAAGAUUUAAGACGCCCUGCCAGCCCACCUCCAACUCUGGAGAUGGCCAGUCGGGAUCCAGAUGUUACUGGCUUAACCGUACUUGAAGAGCCCGAGCGAGCCAUGGAAGCUCUGGAAUUGGCUCUUGAGCAACACGAAGAGGCUGCCAGUAGACACGAUCAUGAUCUUCCGCCGCCUCCUCCGCCUCUGGAUGACCCAUCAGAUCCACCGCCAUCCAUAGACUCCGAUUUUAGGUCCACUAGUACCUCACAACAACAGAGCUCUCAUCCAUCUGCGCCGACUUAUGAACACCCACCUCCGGGCCUAGUAUCGACCACUAUCCCUGGAGCUGGUGUAGAUCCCAGCGCACCGGCACCUGAGGAGCAUGCGCCGCCUCCGUAUCUUGUUCCUGAAAGCGUCACGGAGACUGAGGGGACUACGCGUCCGCCGCCUUACAUGGAUGUAUUGCCUGAUAGACAUUAA